AGACUACAGGUUAUGGAGGUAGGAGAGAUAGCCGAUAUUUGAGAUUUCCGAAUUAUCGCGACGAGGACGUUGUUCGAGUGUUUCCUGGAAUGGAGAUUUUUAGUCUUUGUCCUAAGUUUGGAUACGAGACAAGAUGAAUAGCAAUGGGGGUGGUAGCAAUAUGGGGAAUAAUGGGAACAAUAAUAAUAACAAUAACGGUAACAAUGGAGGUUGAGGAGGACGAUCGAGCGGUCCAGUUUGCUACGAAUGCGGCAAACAAGGACACAUCGCACGUGACUGCUGGACUAAGAGGAGUAAACCAGCACAGCAAGAAGAUGAGAUACAUAUUUUUGUCCGAGAUUUGAUGAAAGAACGGGAAGAAAAAUGGAAGCGUGACGAAGAGGAAGAAAAACGACGUGCGAAGGAGGAAAAAGAGAAGAGAUGGGAACUGGACAUGACCAGGAGAACCGAGGAGAUGCGCCUGCAACUUCAAGCAGAAAUUACCGAUAAAUGGAAGAAACAGCAAGAACAGGCGAUGGAGAAGGCGAAGGUGGCCAGCCAGGCGGAAGACAAAGCUACGAGUCCUAAGAUUUCACCAAAGAGCAAGGCGGUUACGAAGGCAAAGGAGAAGACGAAGAGAUCUUCGAAGAAGAAGAAGAUGAAGACAAGGGUCAUGAAAUCUUCUUCAUCCUUAUCUCAUACUGAGGAGAGUACAUCCACUACAGAGGAUUCAUCGGAUACGGAAGAAGAGGCACUACGACUAGUGAGACUACUCCGUGAAGAGAAGCGCAAGACCAAGAUAAAGAAGAGGCAGAUACGAAAGAAGACUAGUAAGAAGAACUCGACGGGCACUUACGAGAGGGGCGAAUGUUCAAAGAAGUCGGAUACUCCCACACCUCCUACGAAGAACGGAGGACUGGAGCCUGAGACACCACUCUCAAAGGGGUGCAAAGGGAUCUCAGCCAGCUGCUCUCAGGAAGGGCUCGUCGACUACACGUUAUCAGUUAUGAAGCAGUAUUCAGGGAAGAAAGUCUCACAGCUCAAGGAGAUCUGUGAGAAACAUGGCAUAAAACCAGCAAGAAAGGAGGAUAUGGUGAUGAAACUGGUGUAGCGACAGACAUAGUUAGCCUAUGACCGCUUCUUCUCGACACCACUGAUGAAGAAGACAAGAUCUCGGAAGAUCGAUGAAGACAUGGAGCAAGCCGACAAG